AUGACUCUUGUUGUAGGAUGGUCAAAUAAGACUAAUGGCAGCGGGAUUUACUUUUCAACAGACAGUGGAAUUUCUUUCCAGCAACUUUAUUUUCCUACACUAAGUUUCACUGUUAUUUCUGUGCAACAUGUUGAAAUACACUGUUUGUUUCCCAUCGCAACAUUUCUGGUAAAUGCCACAGGUUAUGGCGGCCAACAAGAGAUGCUCUUUCUACAGUACAAUUUUGCAGAAGAAGUUUGGGUGAAAGAGGAAUUUAAACUUCUCAGCUUUAAUCAAGAUCUCCCAAUCUUGUUUUCCUUUAUUCCUCCAAGUACACAGUUUGUGAUUGCUUGGAGUAAGAAAAUGUUUGUUUUUGGAAGAUUGAAUGAUACAGGGAGUGUUUUCAAGUUGAAGAGACAGGACAAUCUCACUGAAUUCAUGCUUGGUGACAAUGAAACUAUAGUGUCUGUAAUAACAGGUGGAUGUCGUGAUUUUGCAGUACACUUGUCAAACAACCGGAUGUUAUAUGGAAGAGCAUUUGUUGGACAUGUGGUUGAGGUUUUUACUGGAGAAGAACCCUCUUCAAAUUUGACAGCAAUGUUUGAUGUGUUUGGGUCGUUGCUUCUGAUUACCAGUGAAGGAGAAAAUGUGAAAAGGAGAAAGCUACCACUUGAAAAUGAAGUUUUAAAUGCUGUAUAUCCACACACAUCAUGUCCGUAUCUGGAAUUCACGACUAACAUCAGUCCGGAGUUACAUUUCAUUGACAAAGGAGAUGAAACAAAGGUGUGGGCACAACUCAUGUAUCCCAGGGCUGUACCUAAUGGAAUCAUGCUGGAAAUUUCGAGUGAUGAUGUUCUCCAGAUCAGCAGUGAAGAGAACGUGGAAUAUUAUCCAGGAAUCGUGACAGUGAACAAGACAUUCACAUUCAAAUACAACCUAAGAAAUGGAACCUCCCUGCCAAAAAGUGCCUACAAAUCCACUACAGUUGCAGUGUUGCUGUUUCCAAAUGUUGGAGGAUUGACUUGUGAAAAUACACUUCAGGUGCUGCACGUGUACGUUGGGUGUCAACCAUUAACGAGUAUUGUCAUCAGGAACUGCACUUCACAAGCUGGCGAUGGACCCGCACCACUGCUAUCUGAGGUGAGAGGUCGCGAUGAAGAAUGCCGUUUGAGUGGCAGCACAUCUACAAGUUUUAAGUUGGUGGUGGAUCUGUAUGAAGGAGAUAGGUUUGUACAAGAGGUGCACACAGACUAUGUAGUGUGGGAAGAAACAGGAAGAACGGACUAUGGCUACACCGCAACUAUGAGUGAGGCCGGGUGUUUAUCUGAAGCACAGACGUGGAGGAAGCUGACAGGCAAUAACUCUGAAGAUUUAAACAGCAUUUGGACACAAAAUACUUAUCGAAGCUGUUUUGAGUCAGCCAACAAUGGAAAGGCAUUUGAUGGAAGCCAACCGUAUGAGAUUCUAAACUCCACAGGAAUCUCUCAGCUGGUAUUUCAGGGCUCAGGGACCUUUCAGUUUCAGCUCAGAGUUGUUGGUACUCAUUUGAGUUUCUGUCAGCUGACCACUCGUUUCUCAUUGGACGUGUCAGACACCGAAGGCAAAGAUUACUUACCGCAGCUUGUGUCGGUUGUUGUGGUGACGCUUGGUAGUACUGUGCUGCUUUACAUCAGCUUUAAACACUAUACCAAGAAAACACUGAACAGACACAUGGAGGAUGAGGAGGAACAAAAAAGACUAGUGGAACUCAAGUAAGUCAUGAUCUGUACAAUCAAUAGGCAGGCGAUGUACUUGAUUACGUUUGUUUCCCUGUGUGCCUCUGGUUUCUUGUUUUCUCCCGCUUGCUAGCUAUUUGCUACAUCUCUUUUUGUUCAAGUUCCGCGAGGUUUAUAGCAUUUUUUUACGGUGUCCAUAGUGGUUUAUUUGGUGGAUCUUUUUUAAUUCUUUAUAGUGCAAUAAUUGACAACUUGUUAUUAUCAAAAACACAAGUUGACGUCAGUUUUUCAUGCGUCUGUCCUGUUAUUGACAAUGAAUUUCGUCAUAACAUUGUCCCAGGGGGGUACUCCGAAUUUCAAGUGACAGGGAUGAUCUAAGGAGUGUCUCGGGUAGGAAAAUUUCGACAAGUAUUUUUUUUCUUCAGUUAAGUUAUCUGCUAUAGUGACUUCAGAUAGCACACGAACGCCUUCCUUCAGGCCAUCUUGCGUCACUCUUCAGUAGCGGAAGCAUUCAUGAGUUUUGUUUUUUAGUUACUGUUUGCCUGCACAGUCAUACGUGCGGACAGUUUUUUCAUCAAUUCGCCCUGGAAUGAUAUUAGAAUAUAUUUUAUGCCGUGAACAAAGUCAUGACGGAUGCAACAUAGUUUAUCAAGCAUGACAAUCAUUUAUCUAAUAAUAAUUUGUAAAUAACUUUGUUGGGUUGUUCGUAAUGUUCUUGCCCAGGGUGGUCUUGUUUAGAGUUGUCAUUAUGUAUGAUGUUAUUGUUGUAACAGAAUAUUUUCUUGGGUGUCUCAAGUGUUGUUACAAUGGCCACCAGGUUCUCACUCGAGACGGUGUGAUGAAUAAACAAACACAAACGUGCCAUUACUAAUGUUUCUAUUUUUCGUGUUGUAUCA